AUGUCCAGCUCGAUCAGCUACCUCACGGUAUACAAUGCUCAUAAUGGAGUAGCAGCCAAAAUCCCGAAGCCCGUGCGGUUUUCGUCAUUGCAGAAACUCAAAAACUAUCUCCGGGAGAGCUUUACAGAUGACAUAAUCGGCUCUACAGAUAACGUGUUUUUGCUCACCCCGUUUGGAAUCAAGCUUGACUUUGCCAUGAUCAAUGAAAUGCCAGAGUUGUAUCUAUAUGACCGCCGUCUUUUCCAAAAAGUCGCCGAGAGAGCGUUGCUUGUGCGGUAUCUAGACCAGGCUAACAACCCGCCUAUUGCUUCUCUAAAACCGGAGCCCCUUUCGCUUUUUGGCGCCCCAUCUGGCCCGGCGUCGCCACAGAACAUAAAAGAGCUCUUGACGAGCCUCAAAACAUACGAGAAAUGGACCGAUCACGUGGCCUUGAAUCUCCGGCAUAUCAGCGACAGAAUCGACGUGAUUAUCCGUCAGAUCAACGUUGUUUUCAAGGCGUUGAACGUCAUAUUGCUGUUUGCAUCGAACUUCGUGGGCUCGGCCGAAAAGUCCUUCAAGUCGCAGUUCAACCACGUCAAAAUGCUAGCCAUGAAGUCGCUCAAUAAGUCGUGGAAAUCGUAUGCCGCCUCUCUUGAGGAGUUCCCGCCUUUCAGACUUAAAGACGGCUCCGUGUUCCGCCUUGCCGACUACGUAGACCACAAUUCGUUCUCUGAGGCUGCCAGAUAUGUCUCUGAACAUUUGCCUGGAGUGGUUCUGCAAUUUAAUGACUUG